CCUUCAAAGCGAGCUCCGAAAUCUCUGCUUCGUUCACCUGUUAAACGCGCGCGCGCGCCCGCCCAACCAGUUCUUUGACUUUGACGCGCCUGGCGUGUUUACUGGGGUCAGCUGACGCUCACGUGGUUCCCGCCGGUGCUCCUCAGGCAGCUCGCGCUCGCGCUGCUCAGUUGCUCUUCAUCCUCCGCACCUGUCUCACCUCUGCGCAUCCAGAUGAAGGAGGGAAACAUGAAGGCUGAUCUGGAAGCUCCUCUUCCUCCUGCACAGAGCGAUUCCGCCAUCCGCUGCCGAGAUGUUUGCCGCUCCUACGGCAAGCUGAAGGUCCUCAGCAACCUGAACCUGACGGUGCCUCAGGGUCACAUCUACGGCCUGCUGGGCCCGAGCGGAUGUGGAAAGACGACGCUGCUGAAAUGCAUCGUGGGAACCCUGAAAAUCUCCCGGGGGCACAUCACCGUCCUGGGAAAACCGCCGGCGUUUCCCGGACAUGAAGUCCCGGGAAAGAUGGUGGGAUACAUGCCGCAGGACUUGGCGCUCUACAACGAGUUCAACAUCAGCGACACGCUGACCUUCUUCGGCCGGAUCCACGGCCUGACGCAGAAGGAGACGCAGGCGCGCAUGAACUUCCUCAUCGACUUCCUGCACCUGCCGCAGAAGCACAGCCUGAUCCGGAACCUCAGCGGCGGUCAGCGGCGGCGGGUGUCGCUCGGAGCCGCCCUCCUGCAGAACCCGGAGCUGCUCAUCCUGGACGAGCCGACGGUCGGCGUGGACCCCGUCCUCAGGGCGAAGAUCUGGCAACACCUCGUGGAGAUCGUGAAAACCGGAAAAGUCUCAGUCAUCAUCACCACGCAUUACAUCGAGGAGGCCCGGCAGGCCAACGUGGUUGGCCUGAUGAGAAACGGACAUUUGCUGGCAGAAGGACCUCCAGACGCCGUCAUGAAGCAGCACAGCGCCACGACUCUGGAGCACGCCUUCCUGCAGCUGUGCGAGACGACGGACCAGAACAGCAUCAAGCCGACGUCCAGCCCGCAGAGCGGCCCGCUGGACAGCAGCCAGUCCUUCGAGGGGGGGCGCGAGGAGAACCAGCCCAUCCUGGGGGUGGGACCUCCUGCUGGGGAGGAGCUGCCCAGGUUUUCAGCCAACUGGAAGGUGCAGGCCCGCCACAUCCUGCCCCGGGGCAGAAACGUGGCCGCUCUCUUCAUCAAGACUAUGCUGCGCAUGAGGAGGAUGCCCGGCUCGCUGUGCUUCCAGUUCCUGCUGCCCGUCAUCCAGACCUCGCUCAUCUGUCUGUGCGUGGGCGGGGACCCGAGGGGCAUCCAGGUGGCCGUGGUGAACAACGAGACCUCCCCCAGCGCCUACAGCCACUCUCUGCUCUCCUUCCUGGACAACUCCAGCAUCUACCAGGUGCCGCUGUCUCAUAAGGACGCCUUUGAGGGCGUGUACAACGGAGACUACUGGGGGGUCAUCGGUUUCGGGGAGAACUUCACCAGCUACCUGACCAAACGGAUGAUGCAGCGCCACGUUUCCAAGGAGGUGAUCGACGGGGGGUCGGUGCACGUGUGGCUGGACCUGACAAAUCGACAGAUCGCCCUCAUGCUGCAGAAGAAGAUUCAUGACGCUUUUCAGGCUUUUGUGGACAAUAAGAUGGGAAGUAUGUCGUACCUGGUGGCCUUACCGAUAAAGUUUGAGGAUCCGAUCUAUGGAAGUCAGAACACCGACUUCACCACGUUUGUGACGCCUGGAGCCGUGCUCAGCAUCACCUUCUACCUGGCCGUGGGUCUGACCGCGCUCUCCUUUGUUCUGGAGAGGAAGGAGGGGCUUCUGGACAGGUGCUGGGUUGCAGGCGUGAGCUCCGUGGAGACGAUGCUGGCUCAUCUCUUCUCUCAGCUGAUCGUCAUCAGCGUCCAGAUCAGCCUCAUGCUGCUCUUCAUCCUGCUCGUCUUCAAGACGCCGAACGAAGGCUCGCUGCUGCUCGCCAUCAUCCUGAUCGUGCUGCAGGGCAUGGCGGGCAUUUCCUUCGGCCUCGUCAUCUCGGCCGCCAUCGACGACGAGCAGAGCGCCAACCAGGCCGCCCUCGGCAUCUUCUACCCCAACCUCAUUCUCAGCG